AUGCUGUUGGUUGCGUCGACGUUCCCGCGCGGCCACGAUGAAACGUAUCAGCAGGGGAUCGGAGGAUAUUCUAGAGAAAACGGCCAUGAGGAUAUCUGGAGGAGGUUAGCUGGUUUCGGCGGCAUGGUGCUCGUCGCGGUGGCAAUGUUGAGGGUCAUGGUGCGGGUGGAGACGAGAGGGAUCCGGAAGAUUGUCAAGUGCAGUAGGAGGUCGGGGGCAGCUGUGAAAGCAUGCGCGCCGCUGAUCUACGCGUUUUGUGUCACCCUUCCCGACUCGCGCGUCGAGGACGCGACGGCACCAUCUGUUCAUCGGCGCAACAGUCCCGUAGAAAUUACUGACGCUGAGCUCCAGAAAGGGAACGCAAAUGAAGUCGAAGAGGAGCAGGUCUUCGUGCAAGACGGCCAACCUAUAUACUUCUACCUCCACCGAUUAACGGCAGCACAGAAACGAUACUGGCUGGAUUUGGAUCCCGAGGUGGUGGAUGUGGGGUUCGUCGACGUGUGUAUACGGCGCGGGAAGUAUGCGCAUGCGCCGCCGGUGCGCAAGGGGAUGAGCGGGCCGAGGCCUGGGCAGGGGAAGGUGGAGUUCUUGGAUCCGGACAAGGUGAAUUUGGCGAGGUACCUCGCGCAGGCCAUUCCGGACCAGGAGUCGGGCGGGAGGCAGGCGAGAGUCAUCUACGAGAGGCUCAUGGAGCGUGAGGAGGAAGGGGAGGGAGAAGAGGAGGAGGCGGUGGAAAAGCAGGUAGAACAGAGACCGAGGAACAAGGAUGAGGAGCGAGAGAGUAUGCGCCCGCCGCCUGCGAAGAGAAUGCGGAGGGCGAGCGAAAGCGUGACGUCGCGUGCAUCGGAGGUGGAGGAAGAAGAGGAAGAAGAAGAAGUGCACAUGGAUGACAACGACAUGUUCAACCCCACCGGGUACUACGACUCCGCGGAGGACCUCCCCCUAGCAGGACCUUCCGGUACCCAACGCUCACCUGUGCCGGGGGCUAGCAUGAGCUCGCAAGCUACGCUCGUCGGGCUGGUGCUUCCACAACUGCUUGAUAGCAAGGCGGUAGCUCCGUACCGGCUCCAGAGUGUAGCCACAUCACCGAGUCUGGAAUGCGAGUAUUCGCAAGCACAGGGCCUACCAGACGAAGCGGAAGAGAGUUCAGGAGGUUCCCCAGCUGACGAAGACGUUCCGCCGCCCGAGCUGACUGAGGAGGAUGUCGAUGUUGUCCCCCGACAGAGGGAGAAGACCCUGAGCCGGAAGAAGAAAUCGCUCCUCCUCUACCCGCUCCUCGACCUAAGGCCAGGCGCGCAGUCCCCUCCGCCAAGCAAGAGAAACACUCGUGGAGGCAAGGAUAAAGAGGCGGGUACCGGGGGAGGGCCAGCUACUCGUUCUCGCCAGGCUGAACUCGUCGAUAUCCAAGACGCCUCGUCAGAUGAAUACAUGAUACCGCUCGAGGAAGAAGGCUCCAGCGAGGUGUGCGGUGUCCCACAGGCUGGUGGGAGCGCGCGCUCCCGGGGGUCGAUUGGGGAGACCCAGGAGGAGGAGGAAGUGGAGAAAGCCGUCGACGCGCUCUCAGCCGCGACUGCGGAGUCGGGGGCGAGUUCCGUAUGGAAGCGGCUGCUUCACGAAGACAGAAAGGACUACCAGCCGGGCCAACGCCGCAGCGUCAAUAAACAUCCGUUGGACUCCGAUGACCAGGAGACGAUUCGGGAUUUGGCUGCUCCACGCGGCGGUCGGGCGGACGCGAAACUCGCAGAUGAUUUGGAGCAGCUGCUCUCCCCCAUUGGGAGCGCCCAGAGCGUGAGGCGCGCGGCGAGUACGUCGAGCUGGGCGGCGACGGAGUCCGGGGAGGGCUCCAGGAAUUUCCCGCCGCCUGGAACGAGGGCCAGGGUUGCGAACGAGGUGCUGGAGCGGGCCCCGUAUAGGCCUCCGCGGGGGACGAAGGCUAAGGAAUAUGCGAACAGGGUAUGA